GCCCUGCUCACAUGCUCCGAUAUCAUGAUUGUUUAUACAACUGUAUGAAUUAUUCAUUUUCUCGCGGAAUCACUUACCGGUUGGCGAGAACAAGUGACAAGUGCAUCUAACACUUGGUCGCUACCGAUGUGUCGUAAUCCACGAUAGCGCAAGGUUUCAGGCAUGGCUUAUCGUAUCGGUUUGGCGUUUAUGACGGAAUAAACAUUCCAAGUUUAUAAAGAGUGGUUGACAUACUCAUCGCGGUCUUUACUAAGAACGCAUGUCAGUGAUGAAUUAGAAUUAAAAAAAAGACGUUUAUUUUGCAUCUUCAAUUUGGUCUAUAUUAUAUAUUGGAGUUCGAACAGGAAAAUAAUUAUUUUAAAUAUUCGAUGAUCAUUUUGCGUAUAUUUAUUUUGAAAAAAAAAAGUUUUAGAUGUUUCUUUCUUUUGUUGACAUUGACUCACAAAAGAAGUGAAACAAAUACAUUAAUAAUACUAAUAAGGCGUUCCAAUUUACGAAUACAAAUCUGUUAAUGUGGUAUAGUGGUGUGAAGUAUUUUCGUGGACCCAAUACACAAUAAUUAAGAGCACAGCAACGGUAAUACAAUGGACCCAAAAUCGGAUUUACACAAAAUGGAUAAAAUGGUCGGCUACGACGACGAAAUAGGAUUCAGCGAAGACUAUGAUUAUGCUUACAAUUAUAACUAUACCUACGAUGUAUCGGAUUCUAUGAAGCAUUUACCACUUGUCGAGUUCUUGCCGACCGUUAUCAUUUACGGUAUUGUUGGACUCAUGGGUCUCGUCGGAAAUUUGCUCGUCCUGUUUGCAAUUGCAAGGGUUAAGAGGAUGAGGACGAUCACAAACAUGUUCUUGUUCAGCCUUGCCUCUGCGGACCUUCUGUUGGUGUGCCUUUGUAUUCCAGUCAGGUGUGUGGCGUUCUAUUCGUACACUUGGAACCUAGGCGAGUUCAUGUGUCGGGGUACUCAUUACGUGCAGCACGUGUCCAUGAUUUGCUCUGCGAUGACACUCACCACCAUGAGCAUUGAAAGGUUCAUCGCUAUCCGAUUUCCGCUGCGCGCGCGUUCCCUGUGCACUAAGCGGCACGCGCGAGUCGUCAUCUCUGUCACGUGGGUGACGUCAUUUGUUGCCGCUGUACCUAUCAUCUUCGUCAUCAAACACCACCCAGUCGGCCAGAGCUUCGAGCACUUCUGGUGCGUAAAGUGGUUCCCAGACAUGCCGCUGCUGGGUCGCGCGUUCGAGCUCUACAUGCUCGCCAUCAUGCUGAUCCUGCCCUGCCUCGUCAUGGUCAUCACGUACACAUGGAUCGCGAACAUUAUCUGGCACGUGGCCACGAGGCGCGCCGACAUGAGGUCGGGCAGUUGCAUUUCUGAAAACCUAGAGAAAUCAUCGGUAGCUAACGGUACUUCAAACGGUGUUCAGAUGACACCAACCACUGACAGAACAUCCCGUGCAACACCCGUGGUACCGUUGACGUCGCCUCUAGCAGUUUGUCCGUCCACAAAAGCUUACGUUGAUGACGACCGGACGAGAAAACAGGUGGUGAUGAUGCUCAUGGUGGUGGUGGUCUUGUUCGCGGUAUGCUGGACGCCCCUUCUCGUGAACAACCUCCUGACGGCCUUCGAUGUCAUAGACCACCUCCACGUCGGCGCUCUGAAGCCUCUCCGCAUCGCCUUCCACAUCCUUGCAUACGCCAACAGCUGCGUAAACCCCUUUGUGUACGCCUUCAUGUCUAAGAACUUCCGGGACGGCUUCAAGCAGUCGGUGCUCGCCUGUCUGCGUGGCAGCGAGUACUUGAUGCGAAGCAAGUCCCGUUAUCUGACGUCGACCACGCGCGCGUCGACGUCGAAUAGCGCUGACGUAGUAAGGCAAGUGACGCAUCGGACGGAUUCGCUGGCUAUGCGACGUUCUAGCGACCUUCUGUAGUUCUGAAGCAAUUGGCGACUGGAUAUAUUGCUGAGAUAAGUGAUAACUCUCAAUUGUAUAGACAUGUAAUUAUGGACGAAAGUGUUGAUCACUCUCGGUUGUAUUUGUCAUUGUUGGUAUUGCUAAGUAAAUUGUAACGCAUUGCAGCUCACACCAACAUGCACUAUAAAUGGUAGUAAAUAUGUGUUGAUGCUUAUUGUGUUGUUCAGGAUAAAGAAUUGUAUAAUCGGUCGGCUAUUGUAUUGUAUUAAAUGCUAACUGUACGCUUCGCAUACGCGCACGUAGGUUGCUGGAACAACCAUUCUGACGCGUGAAGUUUGUAACUUGUAUGUUUUAUGAACGUUCAUAUGAAGCCGUUAGUAUAUUCGUGUAUAAUCGCUUCGCAUUAAAUCUUAAACAAACGUUUUCAGUAUGUGUUUGUUUUUAGAUGUGUUAUUUGAUCGGGCGAUUGAUUUCAACAGUGGAAUAAAUAAAUUCAUCGGAAUUGAUAUAAUUUUGUUAAGAUUUCAUGUAUGUUUUCCCCCUUUUUAUUGAUUUUGUAUAUGUAUGAAGACCGAUUCACGAGUUCUUUAAAUUUAACAUGCAAUAACGCAUUAAAAUAAUAAAAAGGUAACUGUAAAGAAUAAAAACAAAUUUUUUAAUCGGCUAAGUCAAACAAAUUUGUUAGUUUUAAGUCAGAAAACGUUGUAUUUACAAAAAGAUUUAACCUACAAAUGACCUCCAGAUAUCUUUGGAGCAUACCGCAUGGAAGUCAAGGCGAAGACUAAAUUCGUUCAUAUCAGAAAAACUGUCGAAAAACCUUCAUUUUACGCUGGGAUAAUGCAGUUACAACAGUUCCAGUUAGCUCGCCCGGGCUACUAAUCGUUAUUCGAUGCUUGACAGACAUACCAUUUAGAUUUAACGCACGUUACAUUUCGCCUGUUAACGCGUACAGUGCUAACUUGUGUUCCCUUAAAGGGGCCUUUUCACAGAUUUUGGCAUUUUUUUUAAAUUAUUCAUUAAAUGCUUUAUAUUGAUAAAUGUAAACAUUGGAUCGUAAAAGCUCCAGUAAAAAAUCAAGAAAAAAAUUAAAAAAAGGAAAAGAACAUUGCCCGGAGCAGGUUUCGAACCAGUGACCCCUGGAGUCCUGCCAGAGACCUGAAGUAAAAACGCUCUAGCCUACUGAGCUAUUCCGCCGAGUACACAUUCUUGCCGUAUUUUAUACCUUAUAUAAGCAAUCUUCGUAGUUUCACAAAAUUUAACGACAAAAACAGAACUCUCCAAAUUAUUCAAUCGUUUCGCGUUGCAACGCUUUAUAAUUUUUAGGUUUUAAAAUCGUCAAAAGAUGCAUAUAAUGGCUAUAUUAGAGCAUGGUUAAUGAUCAGUAUUACUGUUUCCUCACAAAUAUCAUAACUAAAACGAAAAAUUACGAAUCUGAAACAACUUUUUUCAAUUUUGUCAAUUUACCAAAGCGUGAAAAGAUCCCUUUAAUUGAACCAAUCGCGGGUAAUUAUGAUAAAGUAAGCAACAAUUUUAAAUACAUCAGCGCUGUGUCAGAACACAGCUGCACGUACCGCAGUUGUAAUUUGUUAAAACUCGUGAAUAGCUUUUGCUGUAUCAUGGCGUUUCGGCUCGAUCAAAAACACUUUAUUGAAAACUUCACAUUUCACUAUGUAAUAGGUUUCUUUACCAUCCAACCCAAACAAGUAAAACACGUCAUUUGCGGCUUUUUUUUGGUUUGUCGUAAAUGGGCAUACGAUCAUAUCCGAAUGGUGUAGCUCCAGAUAUGCCUCGGAAUCCGUAAGCUCAGAUGAGAAAUUAUAACGUCCGCUUAUGAGACCACCAAGCCUUGCUUUUUGUGUAGCGGACAAGAAAGCUCCUGACCAGACACCGCGGAAGUGCAGGCUGGUCUGGAACUACGCUAGCCAAGUAUGAAAUAAGACCGACUUUCGCAUACCCGGCUCAUUUUUCAUUAUUGGGCAGCUUACCUAAAGUGGUUCGCAUUCAAGUUUGACUUUGAUCAAUAAUUUACCUGCAUAAAAACGUUGACAAUUUAAAAAGGAAAAACACUCAAGUCUUUAUUCUAAUUCAAUGUACAAGGGUCGUCUUCGCAUUUACAGCUAGUCAUUUUACAUGAGAUGUCAGUAUGACAUGUAAUAUCACGGAAACCCAUCAGAUUUAAUAAUUCUAACCUUCCGGCUUUUAAUAAAAUAAAAUAUUUGACAUUCCGAUUUCUGAUCAUUUCGCAAACACAUUUUAAAAUGCUUACGCGGACGAUGAAAUUUGCACAAUGUCACGUAGAACAAUAACUUCAUACGACGCUUGCCAUUUGAAUUGAAGAGCAAAUACACGCGGAAACAUUCAGAAAUUAAACAUGAAGUACAUUACUAUUCUUACUUCGAAGAGGUCUCAAUUUCUGGUAAAAAGCAUAUUGUCCACUUGAUAACUCAACAAUUAAUAUCGAGUUUAUCCACACAUCGACGCAAGAAUAUUGUGUAAGCGACUAUUAUUUAAGCUUAUAGCGAGACAACCGAAAGCAGAAACAAGCGAUAUCUAAAAUCGUUAUCCGUAAAAAAUCAAAGUAAAUGUGUGUUUUUUUAACGAAUUGGUUCGAUUUUGCUUUUAUUCUCAUAUAUUUAUUAACGUCUGUAACACUAUUAAGUUUUGCGCAAUCGAUUAAACUUUUGUCAUAUGAUCAAUUUUAGAUUUGUUUUUACAUUGACUCUGUAUUCUACAGUCUUUCUGUAUUUGUUUUAUUACCAUUUAUUUCCGUAUUUUCUUGUGAUGUAUAUAUUGGAAGGUAUUAUCUGGAGAAUACAAGGUUUUAUUGUAAAACAGAAAAUAUUAACCCAAGAUGAAUGAACAUUUCAUAACAGAUUGCAUCCAUCCUUCGGUAAUUGUUACCGUGCAGAAAAUCUCAAAAAACGAUCUCGUCAUCUCGUUUGUCUCUGAUUUUAUUGUAUAUUUCUAGUCAGAAUUCAUUUUGCUUUUUUUGCACACGUAUUUUUCACAACUAUUUUUUAAGCUUUUAUUAACCUCUGCACAAAUAUCAGAAAAAUCAUGUGAUAAUCGAUACUUGUAUAAUUUAGCAUUAAAGAAACGUUAUUGUUUCGAACGACUGAGUGAGAUUUUAUCACAAAUAUUUAUCCCGUAGAAAAGUGUUCACGAAGUAUUUGCACAUUUUCUACUGAAAUGCAUGUAUGCACUUAUUAACAAUUGUAAAAAAAUAAGGUUGCAUAAGAUAUUGGUCAUAUAUUCAAAGUCACUAUGUUAUUGCUAUUACUUUUUUAAUCAUGUAGGCCAUUUCAACAAUUGUAAAAAAAACUUUGUUAAUAGUGACACAUUAAAGUUUAAACUUACUGCAUACUAAAACUGACACUCCUACCAUCAUAAAAGUGAAAUUUAACCCAUUCAUGCCCAGUGGACUCUCCCAUCCUUCUAAAUUGGAUCAAUUUAUUUCCAAAAUUAGGGAUGUCUAGUAUACUUAUUUCUAUAUUUAGAAUAUUUAUUACUGAAAUUCCUUUAAGCAAACAGCGCAGACCCAGAUGAUACGCCGCAUUAUGCGGCGUCUCAUCUGGGUCUACGCUGUUUGCAAUGUCCUUUUUUCAGGACGCUAGGCAUGAAUGGGUUAAUUUAAAAUGUUGUUUGUAACAAUAUCUUUUGUAUUAAAACAUACUGAUUUAACGUAUAACCAUGUUGACAAUGUCAUUGACUGCUAAAAAUGUGCUUAAACAGAUAUUAAAAUAUACAAUGUA